AUGGACUGGAAGACGCUCCAGGGCCUCCUGAGCGGGGUCAACAAGUACUCGACGGCGUUCGGGCGCAUCUGGCUGUCGGUGGUGUUCGUCUUCCGCGUGCUGGUGUACGUGGUGGCAGCCGAGCGCGUGUGGGGGGACGAGCAAAAGGACUUCGACUGCAACACCAAGCAGCCAGGCUGCACCAACGUCUGCUACGACAACUUCUUCCCCAUCUCCAACAUCCGCCUCUGGGCCCUGCAGCUCAUCUUUGUCACCUGCCCCUCGCUGCUGGUCAUCCUGCACGUGGCCUACCGCGAGGAGCGGGAGCGGCGGCACCGCCAGAAGCACGGCGACCAGUGCCCCAAGCUGUACGACGACGCGGGCAAGAAGCACGGUGGCCUGUGGUGGACCUACCUGCUGAGCCUCAUCUUCAAGCUCAUCAUCGAGUUCGUCUUCCUCUACGUGCUGCACACGCUCUGGUACGGCUUCGGCAUGCCACGCCUUGUGCAGUGCUCCAACGUGGCCCCCUGCCCCAACACCGUGGACUGCUACAUCGCCCGGCCCACCGAGAAGAAGGUCUUCACCUACUUCAUGGUGGGCGCCUCUGCCGUCUGCAUCGUGCUCACCAUCAGCGAGAUCUGCUACCUCAUCUCCCACAGGAUCCUGAAAGGCGUACGCAGGAAAAGGUCCCCUGACAGCCGCAACCCCAGGUCCUCAGCCAGCCGGGCCUCCACCUGCCGCUGCCACCAUAAGCUGGUGGAUACGGGAGAGUUUGACCAAGACUCCCACAGUGACAAGCCACGUGCUUCAGCACCCACCCUGACCCCCAUCUGACCGUGGGCUGGGGAGCGAUACCCGGUCUGCCAGUGGGGACAGGUAGGGAGGUAUCGCACCGGUGGAGGGGUCCUCCAGGGGCUGGGUGCCCCUACUUUGAAUUCAUCAAGCUAUCCAAUUUCAUUUUGGGCAGAUACUUUUUGAGUGCUGGGCACUGGGCUGAAUACUUGGGUAUAGGUCACAAUGCAGGCCCAGUGUCAGCCCUCGGGGGAGAGCGACACUGAAACAAGCAAAUUGACUGUG